AUGGGGUGUGGUGGCAAGGACGACAAGAAGAAGAACAACAAGGGUGCUGGUGGCCGGGCGCAUGUGAAGGGAGAUGUGCUGCCUGGCCGUGCAGAGCUGCCGUCGCAGCGAAAGCACAUUGGAUCGCUCAACCCGAUGCCGGCCACCCCUGAGCUGUGGCUGGAGGAGAAGCGGCAGCGCGAUGAGCAGGAGGCAGGCGUGCCACCGCACCUGUGGUUGAUCCACGGCAAGCUGUACGACCUCACGGGCUUCAUGGACAAGCACCCUGGUGGACCGGAGUGGCUUGAGUUUGUGCGCGGCAUGGACUGCACGCUUGAGUUUGAGACGCACCAUCUCGACGACGCCAAGGUGCAGCGGCUGCUGGCCAAGUACUACGUCAGGGACGCCGACCCAGACCGCAUCCGUCGCGUGCAGGCGUUCACGUUCAAGUAUGACGGCUUCUACAAGACCUUCAAGCGACGUGCACUGCCUGUGAUCCGUCAGCAUGGGGGCACCCACGGCGGCCGUAAGAUGGAGCUUGCAUCUGCGUUUGCCAUCCUCGUGUGGACCCUCUCCUAUACGGCCACCUGCAUCACUGGCUCCUUGUUCCUCGCGGCACUCUCAGGUGUGUUCUUGUUGGCCAUGUUUGGUGUUGGACACAACUACUUUCACCAGCGCAACCACCCGUUUCGCUACGCCAUGGACCUUACGUUUGCCGGACACCAUCAGUGGCGCAUUUCCCACGCCAUCAGCCACCACGGACACGCCAAUCUGGACAUUGACAUCGAGCUGAGCCAGCUUGAGCCGCUGUCGACGUUCCUGCGCUCCCAGCCCCGCUUCGGCCCCUGGAUCUAUCUCGCCGCCGUCCCGUACUAUCUUGUAGCCGCUCCAAUUGACAUUGCACGGACGUGGAUUGGGCUCAUCACGGGCGCAGCGUCGCGCCGCCCAGAGCAGAUCAUCCGCAUCGCACAGCUGGUGAUCCUUAUGGCGUGCCAAGGACCGCUGUGGGGCCUGCUGCUGUUUGAUGUCAUGCACACCUUUGGUGCUCUUGGCCUCUUCGUCGCCUCCUUUCCCGUCCACCGCACGGAGUACGCCUGGUCCGAUGGCUGCCAGUCCGUCGACCCAGACAAACCAGACUUUGGAGAACACAUUGUCGCUGUGUCGCACGAUUACGGGCUGGACCUCGGGCUGCUCGGGCAGAUUUUUCUUGCCGGGUCGUUCAACAACCACAUCAUCCACCACCUGCUGCCCACGCUUGAUCUCUCCAAGCAGCGCCUCCUCCUCCCGCUCCUCGAUGACCUCUGCGCCGAAUUCAAGCUUCGUCGGCACAAGCGGUCGUUUCUGGAGCUGUUUGGGUCGUACGUGCGCGCGAUGCACGUGACAAAGGAGCAGGGCCUCAAGUACCAUCCAGACGGACACCAACAUGCUGGACGAAAUGGCGCCAGUCACAAGAAGACAAACUAG